UGCGUCGUGAUAACGCAUAACCACAGUUGCAGUCGCGCCUCUCUACAUUCGAAUUCCGCAAAUGAAGGACUAUGUUGUAGUGUCGUACGUUCAUAAUACCGCCGACAGUGUUUUGCUGACUUUGAUCAAACAGACGUGAAAGACGUUCGGUUUAUUUUUAUCGAAAAUUCAGGAAUUACCGUCCGUGAGCCUGUAAGCGGCGAUUGAUACGGCGCGGGCGCGCGUUAUACGCGGUAUGGCGACUGACGUGGCUGACGAGGACUUCGUCACCAUUGUUCCGGUGGGCGAAGGUCGGCCUCUUGUGAGUGAUUCUACCUUUGUGACUGUACUUACUGUUGGAGCAGCUUCUGGUGCAGCCGAGGUGAUAGUACGGCGACCUAAAGGGGAGCGCCUUGGACUUGGGCUUAAAUUUGAAGGUGGAUCUGCUGCAGCCGAGAAAGUUAGGCGGCUUCUUGUACAAUCGUGUGCUGAGAACAGUCCUGCAGCAAAUGCUAGUACUCCUUGGGGUAAACUUAUACCUGGUGAUGAAAUUUUGGCUAUAGAUGGAAUAUCUGUUUCGGAUCUUACAAGAAUUGACUGUGUUCGUCGAUUAAAAGAUUCUGAUGAGUCGUUAACCCUCUUAGUAAGACAUUUCGAGGCAGACGGAAAAUUAGAACAAAACAAUAAAAUGGAAGCCGCAGAUAAUAUUUUGAUUAAUUCAAAACCAGCGAUUGAUAUUGCAAGACCAACGGCUUUACCGCCACCGGUUCCUCCCCGAAAACUCGGCAAGAAAAAUUCUUUCAAAGAUAAACAAAUUCUUCAAACGGUUGGUGAACAAAGUACAAUUAAUAACGAUGGGCAGAAACAAACUGACAAAGAUAUAAUAGGAAAUGGCCAACAUAAUGGUUAUAGCACAAUGAAUAAAUUGUCAAGGAAAUCUUCUUUUGAUAGUCAUAUUCAUCGACAAAGUAAAGAAAAUAUUGCAUAUUUAAAAAAAGCAUCGCCUGAAGAAGCUAGGCGCUUAGUUCGACGCUUAUCUGAUGGUAAAGCAAUGCCACCAGAAGCCGAAGUUUAUAUUGAUUUAUUAUCCACUGAAUGGGAACGAUGUUUAGUUUUAGCAGACGCAGAAUCUGAUGAUACUGGCAGUUCUAUAUCGACAGUCGUUGAUAGGUUAGGUUCUAUGACUAGUUCUGUAGAAAACAGUAUUCCUUCUACACCAACAAUGCAACCUAAAACUAUCGAUAUACAGAAAGUACUAAAUUGUAUCGAAAAUAUUGAUUCCAAUAUUUUAAAAGAUAUUACAAGUAACAGAUUCCUAGAAAGACAAAUGGAUAUAAAUAAAGAUUCAACUGUGAAUGAAAAAACUUCUUUUAUUAAUGGAUAUAAUUUACAUGAGAAAACGACACAAAUAUCUGAAGAAAUAAUAACAACAUCCAAUAAAUUACAACAAAAUGAUAAUAACAAUAACACUGCUUUUUCAAAUAUUUCUAAUUUAGAACACAAUAAAACUAGUGUACAAACUAGUAAACUAACUAGUGAUGUAAAUACGGAAUCUGUUCUCGAAAAACCUAAGCCUAUGCCAAGAAAUACAAAAAUUGAACGAUCUGCAAGUGAAAAGAAACCUAGGCCUAUUACUGUACCAGAAUCACCUCCACCACCUGUGCCCGAGUCUUUGUUAACACCUACUAAAAAGAAUUGUAUUGAAUCGUGGUUGCAGCGAUCAGAAGCCGAAAUGAGCAGUAAUAAUGUUGAUAAAUUAGAGGAUACUGUUAUACCAGAAGUCUUACCAAGACUAAUCGAUUUUGUGCCGAAACCCCAAUUUAAAGAAUGUAAUAAUGAGGCGACCCUAGUACGGCCAACUGCUCCUCCUCCCCCACCGCCUGUUGAAACACGUGAAGAUGGUUCUGGAGCUUCUCUAGAUACUAUUGGUGAAUUGGAUGAAUCGAGCGACGUCACUGAUAACGUGAAACCAAUCGUGAGUGAAAACGAAACGAAAGAUCGAAAAUCAUCAUACGAAAGGAACUUUUGGGAGGAUCGCAUCAUUAAAAGUGAUACUGAAGACAAGAGUCUCUCAAACGAUGAGACACCUCUUCCGUCUUGUCCUCGACAACCGCCUGAUGGAGUAGAAACGCCUUCUGAUGUUGUGGAGAAGAUGCCUGAACCCCAAACUCGAGUCCAAUCACGUAUUACAGUUGGUUGGCCUUCAACAACUCGAACUCGGUUUUCUUAUUCAUCGAGGACUCAAGAUGCCAGAAGUGAGGCCAGCGUGAAGGAUAAAAUUGCUAUGUUUUCAAAUGAUCACUCAACAUCUUCAGAUCGUUUGGACAAAUGCGGUACACUUCCAACUCGGAAUUCAACCACGAGAAAAAGUAACGCUUAUAUAAAUAAUUACUCGGAUGUCUCAUCAUUAGACAGACGUUUAACUAGAUCUCAAGAUAAUUUGGAUGAAGUACCUCGUUCCUUUAAACUUUGUACAGAAAGGCGAGAAGUAUUAGGGGCUAUGGAAAUAACGCCAACACAAAAUUCAACCAUCACAAAAAUUACCAGACCUCUUCACACUGAUAAUAAACCUUUAUUUUAUGGUAGUACUACAACUUUACCCGCAAACAGUGAUUCCACAUUUACGCCACCUAUAUACCAUGCACGUAGUAUAAGUGAUGAUAAUAGUAACAAGAAUGUACAUAAGUCAAAUUUAGAGUACUUAAUAGAACAAAGAAAAAAGUCUAUGUCGAAACUAAGAGGUCUAGUAAUAUCUGAGGCACAAGCGCCAAUAGUUGAUUUACCAGCAAUAAAAGUUCAAGAACCAGUUACAAAAUCUUUUAAUGCAAAAUUAAAUCAAAGUAAUAUAAACAACAGAGAAAAUAAGAUAAAUAAUAUAAAGCCCAUAGACUUAAAUGAUACUAAGUGGAAGACUACUCUUUUAUCUAAUAACAUACCGAAAUAUUCUCCUGCGUUUAAAAGAAAAUCUUUGCAAGUAUAUUCUCCUGGCUCCUUAUCGAAGGAAUCUACACCAGAACGUAAAUUAUAUACGAAAACAGAUAAUAAAAAUAAUAAUUUGUUAUCAACGUCAAAACAUACAAAAACUUCAUUAGAAUUAAACACUGAUGUAACAAGAACAACAUCUACAUUGACAUCUGAAUCAAUCUUAAAAUGUCAAGUCCCAAAAAAAGAAUAUAAAGAUAUUUUUAACCCUGUUCGAGAUUACAAGAAUGUAGAUAUCAAAAUAUCAACUGCAGCUGAUAUUGUAGAUAGUGAUAAUGAUUCUGCAAUGAGUUCAACUCAGUCAAGUUACAGGUCAUCGGCUUCUUCCCCUAUGAAUAAUUUAGAAGCUGUUGAGUCAGAUAGUUCACGCCUUUCACCAAGAAUAUCAUCACAUUAUACACAUUAUUCUCAUGCUAAGGCUGAAAUUCCUAUCAAGUCUCCAAUAAUAGAGAAAAACUGCGAGGAAUAUAUCAAACGCAAUGUUUGUCGUUCAGUAUCGUCGGAUACGAACGUUUCUCUCAGUUCAUCAGCGGGUUCGGCAGCUACGUCUGGUUCACAAGCAAGUUGCAGUUCUCUUGAAAGUUCUGUUACUGACUCUGAAAAAAGAAAAGUUUCUAAAUCGUAUAAUAUUGAUACGAUUAACAGAAGAAAUAUUUUAGCUUCGGCGAAAUGUAGAAGUGGAAGAGACGACAAACUUAAGUCUCCUGUUAUUGAAGCUAAAUUUUCACACGAGUCUGUUGACAGUCCUCCUAGUCCAGUUUACAAAGCAACUGAUCGUCUUUCUACACUCACGUCAUCAGUGAGUGCUGUAUCUAAUAAAGGCGAAAACAGACGUCGCAAUAAAAAAAUUGCAGAAACCGAUUCAGACAGUGAUAGUGACGUUAAUAUUCGACAAAGAAAGACUGAUUAUAAAAAUACGAGAUUAAAACGAAAUGCAAGUUACUCUAAUAAAAUUAAACAAACAGAGAACACCUUGGAAGUUACGAAAAUUGAUGAUGUACCGAAGAACAUAUCUGAAAAAAUAAUAAAAGAAAUAAAAAAAGUUGGCCUUGACAAUAUAAAAACUAAAGAGCACAUACAAACAGUAAAUAAUAGUCUCAGUUCAAAAAUUAAUGAGUGUAUAAUAAAAAAAGAAGAUGACAAUAUUAAACACCCAAAAAUAAAUAAUUUAUUGCAUUCAGAAAAAUCUACAAAUUCAAUAGAUAAACAAGAGAUCUGUGUUGAUACUACUAAAGCAAAAUUAAAUGACAUUUCAAGUGAAGAUGUUAAAAUUCCAAUUUGUACUGUUAGUUUAAAACGCGGAGCUGCUUCUGGUGUAGGGCUCAUUUUAGCUGGGGGCAUUGAUUGUGAAGCUAAGGAUGUUACGAUCCAUCGAGUGCUGGCGGACAGCGUGGCGGAUAAGGCGGGGCUUAAACGAGGCUCAAAAGUUCGAAGCAUUAACGGCUAUGUAAUGGCUGGAUUAACGCAUGCACAAUCAGUUACCAUACUUAAGGAACAACGUUCAGAAGUUGUAAUUGAAAUCGAGGACGAGUCCAGAAAAAAUAACGCAAAUGAAGCAAGAUAUGGCUCUGAAAAUGCGGAGUCGAAGGUCCGACAGGAGGCUAAUAAAACAGAAACUGUAGACAAUAAAGCUAGCAAUGUGGUAACCGUUUUGUUGGAGAAGGCGGGAGGUGGCGCGGGUCUUGGUUUUGGCUUGGAUGGUGGACGAGAUUCACCGCAUGGCGACAGACCUCUCACUAUCAAAAAACUAUUUGCAGGAGGAGCAGCAGCUCAAAGUGGUCGCGUUUUAGUCGGUGCCGAACUUCUGUCUGCCGGAGGGCAGUCUAUGGAAGGAUUCACUCGCACGCAAGCUUGGGCCGCACUCAAGGCGCUGCCUUCUGGUACCGUCGCAUUAGUUCUUAAGAACCCAAAGACCACAUAGAUUUCACGAAAAAUGUAUAUAAAUAUUGUGACAAGUAGUAAGGGUCUAGAAUAUUCGUUAUUCACUCGAAUGAGAUCGCAUAAGUCGCCUUAGGCCGAAUCAGGUAGGCGAUGCGUAAACAUCUCGAAGAAUCCGGUUAGCACGGAAACUAACAAGAGUCAUUUAUCUACGAACAUUCGCCGAAAGGUAAAGUAAAAAAAUGCCAAUUGCUGACAACGUUCAAUUUGGUAGUGUGCCGAACGUGAAGCGCGUUUCACCUUCUGCAAAGUGUACCUACGAUUUGCCUAUUUCUUUAGUCAAUACUCUGAUAGAUUCAUUGUAAAUAAAUUGUAUCUCACUUACAAUACAAAAAAAUUUACCGCUUAAGAUUUUUAAGACUGCUUUAUUUUGUUGAAAUUAUUAUUUAUAAAUUUGAUUAAAUUAAUAUCUACUAGUCUGGACAGUAAAAUAGAAAUGGUCUUAACUGUCUCGUAUUAAGCUUUGUACUUAUUGUGAUUUUCAAAAUUUAUUUACAUCGAUGUAUUUUUUGAGUGCCAUCUAAAGACUGAAAAGUUACAAGUCUUGUAUAUGCACUUACCUAAUAUAAAACACGAACGAAGUAACAUUUGACGAAGUCAAGUGCAUUGCCAUAAGAGUUAUUGCACUUGCGCAAUGUAAUUUGAUUCUGAAAUUAAUAUCUAGUAAUAGAAAACCUUUAUGUACUCAUAAUAAGAGUGGUUAUAUAUUUCUAGGCUAACACAUGAAUCCGUCUGAUUAUAACUGUAUUUUUCUAUCUAAUAAUAACUGUGAUUGUGUAUGCUAUACUAUGUUUAAAUAUAUCCGGUUAUUCAGUAAUGAUUAAUGACUUAAUACGUCGAUUUUUAAUUUCUCAAUAGCAUCAUACAUAUAUUUUAUAUAUAUAUUAACUUUAUAUAUGUUCAUUUAUUAUAUUAUUAUGAUAGAAUGCUAAUAUUGCAACAUCUGUGGUAGACUUAAGUAGUUUACAUAUUUUGCAUUCCAGUAAAUAACUAAUUAAUAAAAACAAUACUUUUUACCAUAUGAUAUAUUUUUCAAUAGGUACUUUUAUACACAUUAAUAUAUAUAAAAAAUACGCAGUAAUGAGUACCUUACUCAUUAUUUAAUAGUUACUGUAUUAUUGUUGGAACAAUAAGGGGCGAGUGGUUAUUUUAAUUUUCAUUCAGCACGGUAUAAAUUAUUAUUAAUACGAUGUAGUAUGAGUAGGUACUUACUUGUCUACUUUUUAGUUACUUACCUAAUUGCCCCAAUCUUACCAAUAAUUUUAAUUAAUAAAAUUCUAACAAUAAGAUUGUAAAUAAUUUGUUUUUAUUAUGUAUUAUUUUUACUAAUUCUGCCGUUGUAAAAUUAUUUAGUAAGCGAAGAACGUUUCAACGAGAAUAAUCAUCGAACUGUUUAUGUUAUUCCUCUCUUUUGUAUUCUCAAAGACAAAAUAUAUAUCACUAUACUCUU